UGUCUCCAGUACGAGACUGGAACACGCAACCACAGGGGUCUAUAGGCGAUGAACGGUGAAGAUCUGGAUAAACUGUACACUAACAAUGAACCGCGAAAACAUGGGAUAACAAGGCAAAACAAAUGAUAAUUUAUCCUCGAUUCGGGAUAGGAACAAGAUAAAAUGAAUUUGUUGUGGGGAAACCAUCAUUCUUUCUUUUCUCUCAUUUUAUGCCAUUCUCCUUGGACGCUGAGCUGGUAUAAAGAUCUAGGAACAGCUGGAGCCGGUGAUCAUGGAACAGGGAUGUUGUCAUCUGAGUAAACGAAGUUAAUCGAUUAUGGAAUAUAUGGAAAAAUCUUGACUUGAAUAAGACAAUGGAAAGUAAGUAGUUGGAGAGCCAUUAUCACUUUCUCAUCACACGGGAGUUCUAUAUCCAGAAGAUCAUCCGCUCAGAUUUUUUUCUGGAAUAAUGCAGAAGAGGCGAGACCAUCAUCAAAUAUGAUUCGUGUCUGACACAUUCCCAGGUUUGAGUGAUAAGCCUAUUGCUAUUGUUGACGAUUAAAUAUAUUGUCACUGCGAAUCGGUAAAGAGGUGAUAACACUUAAAUUGUCAGUUUUUGAACUGGUUUAACAUACCAUUAAUAUGAAUGGUAUUUUUCUAUAGUAGUUUCUCUCGGUACAUUCAGAUUUUUUCCCUAUCAGAUACUGUAUGAUAGACGAGAAAUAACGAGCCCCGUAGACUACUGGUGACAUCACCCCAGUCAGAUCUACUGCUGUACAGUAAAUAUCAACAAUGGUAGAGCCUGUGGGAUUUAUUGAAGCAUGGAAAGCGCAGUUCCCCGAGUCGGACCCCCCAAAGAUGGAGCUCAGGUCAGUGGGGUGCAUCGAACAGGAGCUUGAGAAGUGCAAAGCCUCCAUCCGGCGGCUAGAGCUGGAGGUUAACAAGGAGCGCUUCCGUAUGAUCUACCUGCAGACGCUGCUGGCCAAGGAGAGGAAGAGUUAUGACCGCCAGCGCUGGGGUUUCAGGAAGGCCCAGGUGAACGAGGUAGGGGACCAGGCAGGGCUGGGCGCUGAGUCUCAGCAGCCACAUGUGCAGGAACAGGGGGAGCGGAGCCGGUUCCAACCGGUGGGGGAGGCUAGGUCCAAACCUAGACCCCCUCCAGCCCGGAAGUCAGCCUCCCACGGAGACGGGCUGGAGCUCCAGUCUGCCUUCGAGGUACCCCAGCAGGUAGAGCCCUGUGAGACAGACGGCCUCUCGCCCUCCAAACAGAAAGGAGGUAUAUCCCCUCGCCGCCAAAACCCACCCCCAAACAAGGACCUACUGUCUGACCCCAAUGACAAGCUUGGCAUGGGACUGGGGGUGGCAGCGCUGAGGUCUAACUUUGAGAGGAUCAAGCGGGCCAACUCUCACUCUGCCGGGGAUGGAGGGAAGAGCCAGGAGAAGCAGCAGCCCUUCUACACCAACAUGGACUUUCACCAUGACAGGGGCCUGGUCAGGGUCAAUGACCGAGACGUCUCUGACAAGAUCAGCACCCUGGGCAGCCAGGCCAUGCAGAUGGAGCGCAAGAGAUCUCUGCACUCCCUGCCAGGCAACUUGGCCACUGUGGCAGGUGAGCUCCGCACUCGGCCUGUCUACAGGGGGCGCUCUACAGAGAGCACCUGUGGGUACGAUGCUGAAUACGAGGAUGGGGACCCCAACCCACGCCACCCCAAGGCCAACGGGGGCAAACAGCCCCCUCCACCCCCAUGGCAACCCUCUGACUUCCAGCCUUACACCAGCGUCUACGUGGGCGGGGUGAUGAUGGGCGAGGGUGGGGGGGAUGGAAGAGGGGGCGUCAUCAUGAGGGACCACAUCGGAGAAGAGCACCACCUGACCUGGCCCCGGCGCUCCUACUCUCCCGGGAGCUUUGAGGACGUGGGGGGCGGAGGCGGCGGCUACACACCAGACUGUAGUUCCAAUGAGAACCUAACAUCCAGUGAGGAGGACUUCUCGUCUGGCCAGUCCAGCCACGUCUCACCCAGUCCCACCACUGCCUAUCGCCGGCCCUUCAGGGAGAAGAGCCGCUCACCCUCGCAGAACUCCCAGAACUCCCAGCAUUCGUUUGACAGCAGCAGUCCCCCCACGCCACAGUCCCAGAAGCGCCAACACCAGCAGGGCCACGUGGUCAUGUCCGAAGCUACCAUUGUGAGCGUCCGCAAGACUGGCCAGAUCUGGCCCCCACUCGAUCCGAACUCCACACCGGCCAGCAGAGCCUCCCAUGACAACAGUUUCCAUGGAGACCUGGAUGGUCCGUUCACGGGGACCCCUCCCACUUACGGGUACGAUGCGGACCGUGCGGAGGAGCAGAGGCGCCACCAUGACAUCCUGCCCUACAUCGACGACUCGCCCUCCUCUUCGCCACACCUCAGCUCCAAGAGCCGCAGCAGCCGAGACACCCUCUCCUCCGGAUCCCUUGAGUCCUCCAAGUCGACGGAGUUGGACCUAGAGAAAGGCCUGGAGAUGAGGAAGUGGGUUCUGUCUGGGAUCCUAGCCAGCGAGGAGACCUACCUCAGCCACCUGGAGGCACUGCUACUGCCUAUGAAGCCUCUGAAGGCAGCAGCCACCACGUCCCAGCCCGUGCUGACCAUCCCCCAGAUCGAGACCAUCUUCUUCAAAGUGCCCGAGCUUUACGAGGUCCACAAGGAGUUCUACGACGGCCUGCUCCCCCGGGUGCAGCAGUGGAGCCACCACCAGCGCGUGGGGGACCUCUUCCAGAAACAGGCCAGCCAGCUGGGAGUUUACCGGGCCUUUGUGGACAACUACGAGGUUGCUGUGGAGACGGCUGAGAAGUGCUGUCAGGCCAACACGCAGUUCGCUGAAAUCUCUGAGAACCUCAAGGUGAGGAGCACCAAGGACUUGAAGGAUCAGUCAGCCAAGAACUCUCUGGAGACUCUCCUGUACAAACCAGUGGACAGAGUUACUCGUAGCACCCUGGUACUGCAUGACCUGCUGAAGCACACGCCCUCCAGCCACCCAGACCACCCCCUACUCCAGGACGCACUCCGCAUCUCCCAGAACUUCCUGUCUAGCAUCAACGAGGAGACCACGCCCAGACGCCAGUCCAUGACUGUCAAGAAGGGAGAGAACCGCCAGCUGCUGAAGGACAGCUUCAUGGUGGAGCUGGUGGAGGGAACCAGGAAGCUCCGCCAUGUUUUCCUCUUCACCGACCUGCUGCUCUGCGCCAAGCUCAAGAAACAGAUCGGAGGGAAGAGUCAGCAGUAUGAUUCCAAGUGGUACAUCCCUCUGUCAGACCUAACCUUCCAGAACGCAGAUGAGUCUGAGCCUCUGCCCAUCCCCCAGGUCCCUGACGAGGAGCUGGACGCCAUGAAGGUCAAGAUCUCCCACAUCAAGAGUGAGAUCCAGAGAGAGAAGCGAGCCAACAAAGGGUUGAAGGUGAUUGACAGGUUGAGGAAGAAGCUGUCGGAGCAGGAGUCUCUUCUGCUGCUCACCUCCCCCAGUAUGGCCCUCAGAGUACACAACAGGAACGGCAAGGGUUACAUGUUUCUGAUGUCUUCAGACUACGAGCGCGCUGAGUGGAAGGAGACGAUCCAGGAACAGCAGAAGAAAUGCUUCAAGAGCUUCUCCCUGACCUCCAUGGAGCUACAGAUGUUGACCAACUCAUGUGUGAAGCUGCAGACUGUCCACCACAUCCCACUCACCAUCAACAAAGAAGGCCAAGAGGAUGAAUCCCCUGGCCUCCAUGGAUUCCUGAAUGUAAUCGUCCACUCUGCCUCGGGGCUCAAACAGAGCUUGAAUCUGUACUGCACGUUAGAGGUGGACUCCUUUGGCUACUUUGCAAACAAAGCCAAGACGCGGGUGUAUCGCUAUACCACAGAGCCCAAAUGGAACGAGGAGUUUGAGAUAGACCUGGAGGGCUCUCAGACCCUGAGGCUGCUGUGUUAUGAGAAGAGCUACAACAAGACCAAGCAGAACAAAGAGGAUGGAGACAGCACCGACCGCAUCAUCGGCAAAGGACAGAUCCCGCUUGAUCCCCAGACGCUCCUAGGCAAAGACUGGCAGAGAACGGUCAUCCCCAUGACCGGGAUGGAGGUAAAGCUUUCUAUGAAGUUUACCAGCCGAGAGUUUAGUCUGAAGAGGAUGCCGUCACGGAAACCCAUGGGCGUGUUCGGAAUCAAGAUUUCCACAGUGACCAAACGGGAGCACUCCAAGGUGCCCUAUAUCGUCAGACAGUGUCUGGAGGAGAUUGAGCGGAGGGGGAUGGAGGAGGUGGGCAUCUACCGAGUCUCAGGGGUGGCUACAGACAUCCAGGUCCUGAAGGCUGCCUUCGACACCAACAACAAAGACGUGUCUGUAAUGAUGAGUGAGAUGGAUGUGAAUGCCAUUGCCGGGACUCUGAAGCUGUACUUCAGAGAGCUGCCAGAACCCCUCUUCACUGACGACCUGUACCCCAACUUCGCAGGAGGCAUUGCCCUGUCUGACAGCGUUGCCAAAGAGAGCUGCAUGCUGAAUCUACUGCUGUCACUGCCAGAACCCAACCUGGUUACAUUCCUCUUCCUUCUGGAUCACUUGAAGAGGGUGGCUGACAAGGAGAGCAUCAACAAGAUGUCCCUCCACAACCUGGCCACGGUGUUUGGCCCCACCCUGCUGCGGCCUGCAGAGAAGGACAGCAAGAUCCCCACCAACCCCACGCAGCCUAUCAGCAUGGGAGACAGCUGGUCCCUGGAGGUCAUGUCACAGGUCCAGGUGUUGCUGUACUUCCUCCAGCUGGAGACCAUCCCCACGCCGGACAGUAAGCGUCAGAGCAUCCUCUUCUCCACCGAAGUGUAGUGUUCCACAGUUUCCCAUCAUGAUGACAAUGGGAGAGAGAGGCUGUGAUAGAGACGUCGACUCAAACUGAGUCUACAGUACAGUAUGUCCAUUUGGGAAGGCUACUGAGAGUGAGAAUGGCCUUUGCUGGACUGCAGCAGGAGAUGUAUUCUGCACUGAUUCUGGACAUACCUUGCAGAGGGCGCCACCAUCCCUCUGAGAACAAGAGGGUGGACACCAAUCCUCUGUUGUACCACACAUAUCUGAUGAUGAUAACGCAUUAAUACAUCACACCCAAUCGCCAGUGUGACUCUUUGUGCCUCUCUGAUGCAUCAUAUCCUCCUCUUCUCGCUCUGUCUCUUCGCUCUCAUGUCGAAGCUCCACAGCUUGUGUACGUGUACGGAAUGAAUGCCACUAUUGAACAUGCCUGCUGCAACCAUAAAUGAAACACUUCAAUUUGAGUCUGAUCAGCAUGUAGGGGAAAAGAGUGUCCAAGGUUUUCCUUUUUUUUGUUGCUAUUGGCUCCUGCUUUGUAGGCAGAAAAACAGGCAGGGCCUGCACAGCGUUUUGUUUAGCCUUUUCAAAUGUUGAGUUAUUUCUUAAUCCACUGCUGAAGAGAUUCCAACCAUAUGUUUUACACAUGAUACAUUAGGACCACAAUGCUACGAGAGUUGUGUUGAAAAGGAACAUCUGGGUUCUCUGAAGACUUUUAAAGAGGAACAUCCAGAGCUGCCAGGAUCACCAGUCUAUUUGUGUGUCCCAGGAAUCCACCACUCACAACAACAACAAAGUGUUUACAAGGUAAACAAAUCUUGGACAAAGGCAGAGAUGGGGAGACUGCAACAAAGGCAUUUGUGAAAUAGGAACAGUCGACAGAAACAGAUUAUCUAUCAGUUAUAAUAAGACUGCCUACAGUUUGGACCAUAAAGCAAUUCCCUCUAUUUAUGUUCUUUGUGUUUCAAGUAGACCUCAGCUUAAAUACCCAGGAAGCAAUAGAUUUUUUAACAUAGGAGUUUGUCUGCGUUUAUAUCCUUAGUCCGGGGAUGUCCUCAUGGUAACAUAGGAGAUCUUGCCAAAAUGAUCUGUUGUUUGGGAUAACAUUUAACUAUUGUAUUUACAGAUACAGUACAGUAUGUACAUAAUGCUGUAAUUGUUUUAUUUGUUAUGAUUAUAAUUUAUGAAGAAAAAGGGGGGGGGGGGGCAGAAAUCAAUGUUUUUUUUUCUGUGUUUGUUUUGAUUUGAUGAAGGUGGUAUAGGUUACAGACUUGAGUCCUGGAGGUCUGAGGUGAUGGGAGAUCAUAUGCUGCCUAUGUAACCAGGAUGUAGCCUUGUUGUGGGAAUGACUGCAGUUUUGUCCAGCCUAAUGUUAGCCAUGUAUCAUCAUUAAGGUAACACUCCAUCUUUGAAUGCCAAUGUCACAACCCCUCUUCAUCUGUUCGAGUGUUCCAGUCCCUAACAACCCACCCUGAAAUCUUCAUGUGUUACUGAAGUAGGAUACAAAACAGUACAUUUAGUUGUAUACAGAACAACAAUACCAUGUUUCCUCUCUACAAUGUACAAUAAUAACAUGUUCCCUUUCUACAACUUACAACAAUACCAUGUUUCCUCUCUACAGCUGUGUCGGUGGAGACAGUUAUUCUCAUGAUAAUUCACCUGUUUCAAACAAGUUGCGCUAAAUUGUGGAUGCUUAGCCAAAGUGGACCAUUCUGUUGAUGUUAUGAAGGAAUACUUGUUUAUCCUCUUUUCAAUGAAAGUGACCCAUCUGUUUCUCACCCAUAUUUAUGAGGGUGUCUGGACAGCUGUCAUGAACUGCCCUCCACACCCUUCCUGAAGCUCUUCUCCCUCCUUGUCUGCCUGAUAGUAACCCACCAAAGGGCCAUGGAAAAGAAAAUGCUCUUAGAAUAUUUUGUUCAGAAGGAAAAAAGAGAAGAUUUAUAUUAGAAUGGUUUUAAUUUCAGUGCCUGCAGGCAUGUAGUCAUGUUUGAUUAAUGCAGGCAUGUUUGAUUAAUGUCAUUUUCUUGUGUGUGUUGUCAUAAACAUAUUGCUAUAUUGGACAGCAGGAUGUUAGUGACCAACAAGUGUUUUGGUUUUGAUAAACCAAGCUUAAAAUAUGAUAUGAUAUGAUAUUUAAUUCUGGCUGGAUAAUUAUUAACAAGUAAUGUGUUUACUAACUCAGUCUGUACUGCUGUCUGCACUACUGAGAUUUAAUGUAGAACUCCGACAUUUUGAAGUUAGCAGAGACAUUCCCGACAGUUUUGACUGUACAGUAGUCAGUAGCUAGUGUAAAAUCUGGCAUCUGAGUGUGUGGUUGUACAUGCAACAUUCAUGCGCACACAUGCGUAAGUGAGUGAAUGAAAUAAUGGGACGAUUUGCUGUAAAAAAAAAAAAAAGUAGAUUUAAGACAUAACGUUUCAAAUCCGGACUUAUCCAUAUGCUAACAUAUCAACUAAAUCAGCUCCAGUUAAUAGCCAUAGUCAUCAUUUUAGUAACACAUUUUGUCCUAAUAUAUCCUCACAUGUCCCAUACACACAACUGUACAUUGGAGGAAGCCAUUGGUUAUGAGAGAGAAAGGCAGUGCAUUCACCAUUCAUUUAGAUCUCUUUGAUUUAUAUCAUUAGUGAUCAAUGUGACCCACUCUGCUCCAUUGUACCUCUGCGUCACAGCUUUUAUUCAGAAAGUAUGGCGCUGAUUUCAAUGUGUCAGUGGAAUUGCUGUAAGGAGACUUACUGGGGUGCUGAAAACAGACCUGUCCUUAAGGCACCUAUUUUGAGACCAAUACAUGAAUGUAGAGUUUGGUAUCGCACUUCAUGGUACUAUUAGCCUGUGUGGGAGAUCUUGUCGGAAUAUUAUGAUACCAAGCUAAGCCCAAUUCAUGUUUGCAAUCAUACGAGACAGACACACAAAUGCUUAGUCAAUAACCCUCACUCUGACUUAGCUCUGUCAACAUUAGCAAAAAUAACUCAUUUUCAGCUUUUCUGUUCCAGUUCUGUGUAAAAUGAAGUCUACUGUAUUUACGGAGAUGAAUACCCUCAUCUGAAGGAAAAAUAUAUUAGUAGUAGCAAAGUGGUAUCUAUACUUGUAGAAGGAGGACACUUUCAAAAUUCACUGUCAUGUUAUAUGACUCAUAUAUAGAUAAUAUCUCUCAAGGCUCUAUGCUAUGCUGUGUAUCGUUCAUUUGCAAGAUGUACUUUGUUUUUUCAAAUAACUGCCAAACCGUUUGUAACCAUCUGCUGUCCUAAUGUAACUACUGUAUGUAUCAACACGUCACUAAUCCAAAACAUGAUCUCAUUUGGAGGGGCUUGCACUUUCAGUUCCUUUUGGUUUUACUCCAGACUGCCCACUGUGAUGCUUUAGGACAUUUUCUGUGGUUUGGAAAAACAUUUGCAAGAAAAGAUGAAGGUUAUUUGAGUUUAUAUAGGUUAGUCAUCUCUCUAACCUUGUCUUAUGGUUGUACAAUAUGUAUUGUAUGUAUCAUACUAGAGGCAUUGGGUUCUUAGGUUUAUUUAUUGUGAUGUUCAUCAAUACAUUUAGGAUUAAUCAUGUUAUAAAACAGUUGAGUAAUUAGGCUUCAACUGAAAGAGAACUUGGUUAUUGAUUGUCAGUGUGAUUCUUCAUAGGGCUAGUCACUUACCCUGCCUCUUUCACAACAAAGUCAUAUAUGGCAACAUAAGAUUAUUCUAAAUAUGUGUACUAUGUUUUAAAGUCUAAAAAUAUGGAAUAUAUUACUCUAUGUACGACUUUAGCAUUUCAGUGUAUGCAUACUGUAUGAUGAAUGAAUAUGAAUUCUUUCAGUCCUUGUAAGUUGACAUGAGCCUGGCAAUAGUUUAUUAUAAUUCACUCCCUUAUUAAACAUAUUUUAAAUGA